UCCUCCACAUUCCGCGUCGGCGCCGUUCCGCCCUCCCGCUUGGAGAGGCCGACGCAACCCAUACUAAAGAUUCCCGAGGCUGCGACGAUGCUUGGGUCUAUAGAUUUCGGGGGCGCAGCAUCCCUCUCCACGGCCACUUGUACAUAUCUUUCCAGUCUGUAGAUUGAGGGCUGAACAUAAUAUUCUGGAAAUUUGUUUACCUGUACCAAGCUCUGCCCAGAAUGCCGUCGAUAUCCCUUACCCUUCGCACGGCGCGCACCUUUUCGCGAAGCACAACAAAAACGUACCUCAACCUCUCGCGCUCCUUCUCGUCGUCUCUCCGCCGCAAUGAGAUCAACAAGGUCUACCCAAGUGCCGCUGCGGCCAUCGAAGACAUGUCAUCCGACAGUACGCUUUUGUGCGGAGGCUUCGGUCUUUCAGGUGUUCCAGACACACUCAUUCACCAAGUAAAAAGCACACCAAAAAUCACAGGCCUAACCGCUGUAUCCAACAAUGCUGGCGUGGUUGGGGGAGGUCUAGGUUUGUUGCUGGAAAGCAAACAAGUCAAGAAGAUGAUUGCAAGCUACGUGGGCGAGAACAAGGUCCUCGAACAGAUGUAUCUGACUGGCGAGUUGGAGCUGGAACUCACACCCCAAGGCACACUAGCAGAGAGGUGUAGAGCCGGUGGCGCCGGCAUUCCAGCUUUCUACACACCCGCUGCUUUCGGCACCGUUGUGCAGACCGGCGAACUAGCACUCAAGCAUAACAAUGACGGCAGCGUAGCACAAUAUUCCACACCUCGCGACGUCAAAGUCUUCGCUGGCAAGAGCUAUGUAAUGGAGGAGAGUAUCAAGGGCGACUACGCCUUUAUCAAAGCAUACAAAGCCGACCGCCUGGGAAACGUCCAGUUCCGCUUCUCAGCCCAGAACUUCAAUGGUGCCAUGGCUCGCAACGCCAAAGUAACAAUCGUAGAAGCUGAGCACAUUGUCGAAGUCGGUGAUAUUCCACCAAACGCCGUCCAUGUCCCAGGCAUCUAUGUCGACCGCGUGAUCCAAUCGACGGCCGAAAAGAAGAUUGAAAAAGUCGUCAACGCAAAGGACCCUCAGGAAGCGGUUUCUGCCUUGGGCGCUGGCGACGCAGCCUCGAAACGCGAACGCAUCGUCCGUCGUGCAGCCAAGGAAUUCAAGAACGGCAUGUACGCCAACCUCGGAAUCGGCAUGCCUAUGCUCGCUCCUUCCUUCGUUGACCCCUCUGUCGAAGUCCAACUUCAAUCCGAAAACGGCAUCCUGGGUCUCGGUCCCUAUCCACAGAAGGGACUUGAAGAUCCUGAUCUCAUCAACGCGGGCAAAGAAACUGUCACACUUCUCCCUGGCGCAUCAUGCUUCGGCUCAGAAGAGAGUUUCGGCAUGAUUCGUGCUGGUAAAAUUAACCUGACAAUCCUCGGCGCUAUGCAAGUUUCUGCAAGAGGCGACCUGGCGAAUUGGAUGUUGCCGGGUAAGGUCAAGGGCUUUGGUGGUGCUAUGGAUUUAGUAUCGAAUCCGCAGGCCACCAAGGUUGUUGUUACCAUGGAACAUACGGACAAGAAGGGAAGGCCGAAGAUUCUUAAGCAGUGCGAGUUUCCGCUUACGGGCAAGGCAUGUGUAAGCCGGAUUAUCACGGAUUUGUGUGUGUUCGACGUCGACUUUACCGAGGGCUUGACCCUGGUUGAGCUUGCGGAUGGUGUUACCGUAGACGAAGUGCGGUCGAAGACUGGUGCAGACUUCAAGGAAGCAGCGGAGAUCAAGCCCAUGUUGUAGAGACUCUAGCUGAUUUACCACACUAGUCCUUAUGCUUGCUCAAAAUACCAAUAUGUUUCCCUGCACAUAUAAUGCAUGUCUAUAUCUAUAUCCCAGAGUCGCCGUGAGACGUCGACAACAAACAUGUCCUAAUGAAGAUGCGAAUACAACAAUCAAAACACACUAUCAAUCUACUCCAUCCUAGUCUUGAGGCUGCCACUUGCUCCGUCAGUCGCAGGAUCGUAGUCGCCGCCAGUCUUCAGACUACGACUCCUUGCAGGGACUACAGUAGGGUUGGCCUCCUUCAACGGAUCACCCUCAGCAGCCUCAACAUCACUAUCCUCGCC